AAUAGUAGUUGAUAAUUAUUAGUGGAAGGAGGUGUAGUGACGUUUUAUUCAUAAAAAAAGACAUAAAAAACAAAUGUUUAUGAAACAACUAUUCGGAAAUAAAGGGUCAUUAUGUUCCACUGAUAACAGUUGCUUGAUCUCCCAUAAUUUUUUACGAGAAACAAGAGCAAACCGAGUGAUUAAUUUUCGCGUCCAAGUUUCGAAAUAAUGUAGAAUACGAUCCGUUUUUUAGUGAUGGUUUUUUAGUUUUUUUAUCGAAAUUAAAUCAAGACUGAAUAGUUCGUAAGCUAAAUUUAGAAAUUAGAAAUAAGAUGUGUCCCCUUUCAUUGAACAUUUGGACACUUGGACUACUUUUCUCCCUCUUCAUUAAUGGAACAAUAUGGACCGAAACAGUUGAAAAAUCCACGGACGCAGAAUAUGAUGAAUACGAUGAUUACGAGGGUGACACGGAUGAUUAUCUAGAUCCAAAUAGUUUAAGUUCUUCUUCAAACGGGUCCAUUCAAUUUGUAAAAGAAUUGAACAAUAUAACAAGAAGUAGCGGUAAAACUUUGAAGCUCAAGUGCGAAGUAAAAUUAGUUGACCUUAAUUCGACAAAUUCGAAAGUUAAUUUUACGUGGUACAGAAAUUCUGGUCACUUGCCAGAAGACUCUAGGAUUACUGUAAAAAACAUACAGAAACCCGAUGCUCACACUUUCAUAUCGAGAUUAAAGAUAACAAAUUUAGACUAUUUUGAUAGGGGCAUUUACGAUUGCGUGGCCAGUAAUGGCGCCGACAAAAUUAGAACUCAGGCAUUCUUAGAAAUAAACAGAGACAAUAUAGGUCCCGUCCCCGAAAAAGUACCUGCAUAUAAAACCACUUUUGAUGAUAGCGUUAUCAGGGAAAACAGCGAGAUCGACAUGACAGAAACGACAUUCUUCCCGGGCACUGACAGAAGGGGCAGGGAUGAGCUCAUAACCGCGAUAACCAAACCCCUUUUGCCAACCCUUAGCGAGCAAACGGUCGGCAACCCUGCACUUUUCGAUCAAAAUGGGACGUCAAAAUCGGUUGCGGAAAAAACGUAUUACAACAGCAGCGAACCGUUUUGUCAAUUAUAUGUUGGAAAGUCAUGCAAAAACUUCUUGGAAGGGAAGUACGUUUUCAUACAACCCCCUUACACUCAAAGAAACAUCGAAGAGAAACUUGAAAAUGCAUUUUUAGUGAUCAGGCAAUCAAAUGACAUUUCGUCAAGUUGCGAAAAAUUCGCGUUGCCCAGUUUAUGUUUUUCCGCGUUUCCCCUGUGCGUAGACGCAAACAGCGUCAACAAUUACCAAGAAAGUUUCAUCAACAAAUACAAAGUCCUAUCCGAAAAGAACAAGCAGUCGUUCAAAGAUUUGCGGAACCAGCUGGCAAUGUCCUUGCAGAGGAUUUGCAAAAAGGAUUGCGAACUCCUCGAGAACGAACUGUGCAGCAAGGAGUACGCCAUUGCGAAGAGGCAUCCCGUCAUUAGGCAGACUCUCGAAUUGGAAGAGUGCGAAUAUCUCCCGGAGGAGAACGAAAGGAAUUCCCUCUUCUGCUUGAGAUUGGGAGUAGAUCGCACUCAUAGCGUCAACGAAGACGACACUUGCUUUUGGGAUAACGGGGAACUGUAUAGGGGAGUACAGGAAGUCAGUGUAACCGGCAGCAAGUGUAUUAGAUGGUCCCAUCAGUUUCACAUCCCAUUGUCCGAACAUCCGGAGCUUUCUGGGCACAGUUUCUGCCGGAAUCCCGAUGGAAAGGAAAUGGAACCUUUCUGUUACAUUGACCAAAACAAAAAGGAACUUUGCGGAUUACCGAAAUGCGCCAGGAUAAUUGGAAUUUACAUAGCACUGACUGCUGUCAUCUUCCUGGUUUGCGUACUGGUGGUCCUCUUUAUUUUCUGCUACAAAAAAAGGAAAGCGAAAAAACCAAAUUUACAAAGCAUGAACAUUCCGUCCGCGGACAAAAACAUUUACGGGAAUGCAGGUCCAAAUUCUCCGAUGGAAAUGAACAGUCUUCUACCUCAAAGGGGAAAUUCGUUCCCUCCGGGCGUCUCCCUUCGGGGACAGGGGAUGCCCAAGCUCAGCUUCCAAAGUGUUCCCCAGUAUACGUACAAAGAGCUGUCGUUUGUCGAAGAAUUGGGUGAAGGAGCUUUUGGCAAAGUUUAUAAAGGCGAUCUCAAAACAAAAGGCGGUAGAAUAACGGUGGCAGUCAAGUCAUUGAAAGAAAACGCUGCCCCCAAGACCCAGUCCGAUUUCCAACGCGAAAUAGAGCUCAUAGCAGAACUGAAGCAUCCAAACAUCAUCUGUCUCCUCGGUAUAGUGGUGAAGCACGAACCCAUGUGCAUGCUGUUCGAGUACAUGUCCGAGGGUGACUUACACGAAUUCCUGAUCGCCAACUCUCCCCCAGAAGGGAAGAGUUUGACACAAGACCAGUUCUUGCACAUAGCCCUCCAGAUUGCCCAGGGUAUGGCGUACCUGUCGGACAACCAUUACGUCCAUAGGGACCUAGCAGCCAGGAAUUGUCUUGUGUCCAAAGACCUGGUGGUCAAAAUAAGUGACUUUGGACUCAGCAGGGACAUGUACAGUUGCGAUUACUACAGGGUUCAGUCUAAAUCACUUUUGCCAGUACGAUGGAUGGCGCCCGAGUCGAUUUUGUAUGGAAAAUUCACCACCGAAAGUGACGUAUGGUCGUACGGGGUGGUUCUGUGGGAAAUAUAUAGUUAUGGUCUGCAGCCCUAUUAUGGUUAUAAUAAUCAGGAAGUGAUUAAUAUGAUUCGGUCGAGGAAAUUGCUCCCAUGUCCGGAAGUGUGCCCAAGCUAUUGUUACGCCCUCAUGGUCGAAUGCUGGGCAGAACUGGCCAUAAGGAGACCCAGUUUCGGAGAGAUUGUACAUAGGCUCAAAAUGUGGAGGCAGAAUGGACCGUCAACGGGUGCCUAUUUUAAGACACCCGACCAUCGGGUGACAUUACCAAAGCCCAGUUCGAAGUCGAGUCACUCGUCAGAAAACGGUUACCCAUCGCUGGACAGCACGUCCCAAACGUGGGAGAAGCACUCAAAAAGGGCGUCGUCUAAUAAAUUACACGAUAGCCAGAGCAGUUUAACGUCGCACGCUUCCAGCAUGGGCAACAGGACCCAAAGUACCAAUCUGAGUAACGACCAAAAUUUGAGGGGAUCAAAAAAGAGCAUGGACAGGAAAAGCCAGAGAGGACCAAGGAACGAGCCCACGUUGGAAUUAGGACCCAAAGAGACAGUUGUCAAUGCCGAGGGAAAUUCGUAUGAAACUAAAUUAAAUUUUUAAUUUUUUUUUAUAUUUUUUUUUUCUUAACUAGGUCAAUAUUACCACGAAAUACUAUCGGUACGAUGUUGUGUGAAGUGUUAAAUUUUUAUAGAAAUCUAUUACAGUUAUCACAUAAAACAAAAUUAGAAAAAUAACGAAGAGUAUAUAGUAAGUAGUGUUCAUAUUGACCUAUGUACAAAUAUAAUAAUUAAUUCGACAAAAGAAAAUCAAGAACAUAAAAUAAAACGAUAAACUACCGCAAACGUUAUUAUGUACAAUCGAAUUAAUAACGUUCUUUUUAUCGUUAACAUUUAUUUGCGAUUCUUUUUUGUCACACAAAGAAAAAAAAAGAA